AUGAUGAUGCACCGCUGGAUCGGUCGCCCGCCACGUGCGCUGGCUGCGCGCUUCUUCUCGCAGGACACCAUCUAUGCGCUUUCGUCCGCCGAAGGCCGCGCCGGCGUCGCCGUUGUGCGCAUCUCGGGGCCGAUGGCCGACGCGUGCUUGGCGCAGAUGACGACGACACCUGCGUUGCCCGCGCCGCGCCUGGCGGCGGUGCGCAAGAUCUACCACCCGCACACUAAGGAGCUCCUCGACUCGGCGAUGGCCAUCCGUUUUACGGGCGAAGACAUUGUCGAGUUGCAUUUGCACGGUAGUCGACCGGUCGUAACCGGCGUGCUCGAGGCGCUCUCGACGAUCCCAACCUGUCGACCGGCCGAAGCCGGCGAGUUUACCGAGCGCGCGUUUGAGAACCACAAGAUGGACCUCAUGCAAGUGGAAGGCCUCGCGGAUCUUCUCAACUCGGAGACCGAAGCGCAGCGCAAGCAAGCUCUGCACCAAAUCUCGGGUUCUGUCGGAACGGUCUUUGAGGACUGGCGCUCAACGCUGGUGCGUUGCAUGGCCCACGCCGAGGCCAACAUUGACUUUGGCGACGACGAAGACGACGUGACGGACGCGGCGUACGACGCUGUCGUGGACAAGGUGCGUGCCCUGGAUGCGUCCAUUCGCCGCCAUCUCGCCGAUGGUCGGCGCGGCGAAAUCCUUCGCAACGGCGUUCAAGUUGCGAUCCUCGGAUCGCCCAACGCUGGCAAAUCGAGUCUUCUCAACGUUUUGGCACAGCGCGACGCAGCGAUUGUGUCGCCGAUUGCAGGCACGACGCGCGACAUUGUGACGGUCCCCCUAAACCUCGCGGGGUACCCGGUCACGCUCAACGACACGGCUGGUAUCCGCGAGACCAACGACGUCAUCGAGCAGGAAGGCGUCUCACGCGCGCACAAGUGCCGCGAAGACGCCCACAUCAAGAUCCUCGUCAUUGAUAUUCACUCGUCGGUGGAUCCGCAACUGCUCCAGCUUAUUGACGCCAACACCAUUGUCGUCCUCAACAAACUCGACUUGGCGACGCGGACGCUGCCGACGUUCCACGUGCAAGCAGCGGCCAUCUGCCCCAUUUCGUGCGCCGACGGUGCGGGCAUUGAUGCCUUUCUGAAGACACUCCCAGCACGUCCAGUCCAUGUAUGCCACUAUCGCAACGGGUUUGCGGGUGUCAACGACGACGUACAAGGCCUUUUGAUCACGCGCGAGCGCCACCGCACGCACCUCCAAGACUGCGUGACGCAUCUCGAGGCGUUUUUGAGUCACCCGUACCAGUCGGAGCUCGCGGCCGAAGACCUCCGCCGUGCCAUCCAGGCAAUCGGCCGCAUUCUUGGACGCAUCGACGUCGAGGACAUUCUCGACGUCCUCUUCCGCGAUUUUUGCAUUGGCAAGUAAACAUAGUAUCAAUCCAGU